UCCUUUCACCUUCGUCCCAAGCCAUCAAAUCCGUGGAGAAACCGCUUGAAAUUUAACCCGCAAUUGGGUUUUCGUUUCGUCUCAGUAACAAAUUCAAUUCGAAAUUUCUGGCAACAACGCGUAUAAUGAGUAUCUAUAUAACCCAUUCUACAAUUCUAUCAACACCAUCAAUUCUUCAUAUUAAGUUUUUUCCAACUACUCCUUUCACAGAAAUUCACUCACCACUUCUCCAGAAUCAUGAACAAAUCUAGUGAAUACCAACGCGUAUUCAAUCACAUCGAUAUAGAUGGAAAUGGUAUGAUAUCUCCAUCAGAGCUGCAACACUGCAUCGGGUUGAUCUGGAACGAAGGAAUUUUACUCGAAGAGGUAGAAGUUGCUGUGAAAUCGUCACAAGGAAACAAUGGACAGUUAGGGUUUGAAGAUUUUCUUGGAUUAAUGGAAAGCGCAAAGGAAGAAGAGAAGCUUGAGGACUUGAGGAAAGCUUUCAGAAUGUAUCAAAUGGAUGGGACUGAUUGCAUCACUCCCAAGAGCUUAAAACGGAUGCUGAAUCGACUCGGUGAGUCCAGAAGUUUGGAUGAGUGUGUUGGUAUGAUUAAUCGAUUUGAUCUCAAUGGGGAUGGAGUUCUCAACUUUGAUGAAUUCAAACAAAUGAUGCUUUGAGACUUCAAAUCGUUUUGUUUGUAUUAUGGAUAAUCCAUCAAAUUCGAAGAUGUAAAAAGAAUUCUUAUUCAAGUAUAGUAAAAGAAAUAAAAGAGAUAAUACCCUGGUGUUGAUGCCAUAAGAUAAAUCCAGUUUGAAUGCAUCUCAACAGAUUGUAAAUCCAAUUUUUGAUAAGAAUGGACACCUGGUUGGACUCGUUUGCAGAGAA